AUGGCUCCUACACGACGAACAUCCGCACGUCAGCAACUGAAGACCCCUAAUUCCGUUAACGUUACACAUGCAGAACAGGCGACUGCGGAUGAGCACAUAAUAACUCCGGUUACAGAUGAUCAUAUAGCGUCUACUUCAAAUUCAGCUUUGCACUCUUCUGCGUUCCGUGGCGAUGACCAAUCCGGCAGCCCUGCAAAGGGGAAACGGGAGCAGGAUUCCAUUGAGUGCGCCUCCUUGGGGGAGAAGCGGCUGGAGUCUACUUCAACCUCUGCUUUGCACUCUUCUGAGUGCCGUGGCGAUGACCGACCCGGCAGCUUUGUUAAGCGUGCCAAAAUACCAUGGCGAGGCAACCUUAGCAGGCGUUCUAAAAGAGCCUCUGCGGCAAAGAGAAAGCGGGAGGAGGAAACCGAGUUAGAGGCCUCUUUGAGACUUUCCAGACAAUCUCAACGGAGGCAGUAUGUUUUGUCACAUGAAACGCUUGGUUGGCGUAACUACCAUUUGUACUGCAAAUCAGUUUACACAUAUUCGUUGAAAAGUAAGAGGAAACUACCUAAACGCUUGCAAGACAACAAAAAAGCGGCUUCAUCACAAGCGCUUUUGCGGUCUCCACAGAGCCCGCAUCGAAAAGCUACUAGCAAUGCAGCCGAUGCCGCUGCAACUUCCAUUCGACGGUCCCAGGAGACCACGGCUGAGAAAACCGCACGCCAUGCAGCCGACGCCGCUGCAGCUUCUGUUGCAAGGGCGUCGGAAAGUUCCGCGUACAAGGCGGCAACGCGAUGCAAUUUCAACUUCCGCUGCUACAGCUGUAGAAGGACCUACUGA